UUGUCAUUUUUUCUGGUCCUUUCUUGUCACAUUCUGUCACGCCGAGAAUGGAUCAGUUUUGUUCGUCGUGUUUAUUUAUGGUUAUAAAUACAAUUUGAUUCAUUUCUCGAUAGAAAUUCCACAGCUUCACACAAUGUGCAGCAAUAACGAAGAUGACACCGUAGCUGCAAUGAUAAAAGCAGAAGUGGAACCGAUAAACUUCCAAGAAACCUGCAAAAAGUGCAAUGAAUCCAAAGUGGCAGUGAAACUGAAGUUUAAAGAGGCCCAAUGCGAGAAAUGCUUUCUGGCUUAUGUGCGUCACAAAUUUCGUGCCUCAUUAGGAUCCACAAAAAUUGUCGGUCGUGGUUCAACCAUACUGAUUAUUUAUGAUGGCAAGCCGAAAUCAUCGGUUCUGUUGGACAUGCUACGAUUUGCAUUUUUCCAAGACACGUACAAGAAACUACACUUCGAGCCGUAUGUACUGUACAUCGAUGAUUCGGCAGUAUUCAACUUAACCGACGAACAAAGAUGUGACCAACUACAACGUGUAAAGGUUCUGCUGGAACAAUAUGGUUUCAAGGCGUACGGUACAUCAAUUACGGAUUCGACGAAUUGCUUGCAAAGCUUUGAAGACUACAUGAAACAGGCCAUUCCCAAUGACGAGGUCAUAGAAUUCAAAACAAAAUUUCACUCAACCGGAUCGCAUACGUCUGCUGACGACUACAUUGGCAACAUUCGAACGAAUAUCAUUCGCAAAGUUGCCUCGAAGUUGAAUGCAAAUUUUGCAUUUACAUCGGAGAUCGAAUCCGAUUUGGCUAAAAUAUUCCUCACAAAUGUAACGCUGGGUCGUGGCGGUUCUGUUUGUCAAGAUAUCGCCUUUUGUGACACUCGUGGUGCAGUUCCGAUCAUUCGACCGAUUAGAAAUUUGGAUGUGGCUGAAGUCGAUCAUUACAUCAAAUUCAACAAGAUCGAAUGCCUGGACGUACACGCAAUGGACAUUGACGGCAUGUUUGAGAAGAGUUUGCAAAAUGUGACGAAAUCGUUCAUCGAUGAACUGCAAACGAACUAUCCAUCGACCAUUUCGACGAUAUUCCGAACUGGAGAUAAGAUAUCCGGCAUUUGGGACGAUAAAGGUGAAGUGGUCGUGGACGGGAAGUGUACGUUUUGUGGAUCAGGAAUUGGUGCUAAGAAAAGUGAGACGAUUCAAGCGUUGGAAUAUUCGCGUUUCGUUUCUGAGAAUACGUGUGAUGUCAGGCUGAACUUUGUUAGUGACGAUAGAGGCGAUUUAUCAAAAUGCUACGGCUGUAGGAAUAUUUUUAAGGAUUUGCUAAUCUCAAAUGAAUCUGAAUAAAUAUUGGAGCUGUCGGAAUGGA